AUGUCGCCCCGGCUAGCGACCAAGGACGCCUACAACUUAUCGCCGCCAGGUGCCAGGGCUAUGCGUGGCAUCAAACGCGCCAUGCAGCCAGCUUCUGAGAGACAAGGUUGUGAGGCAAGCCAGCCUCGACAUAUGGUGGCAGAGCCUGCCCACAGACCACUUCUGACAAUGCUGCCAAGCUCCACGCUCCCCUUAUCAAAAUGGCGACGAGGCUCCAAGUCCCGCCAGGGCCGGACGGGCCCAGAUUCUCCACGUCCAGCCAUCCAGGUCCCGAGUGCCUUCAGGGCGCUAGGCUAGCCUGUCUCAGAACUCGAUGACCGCGCUUGCACUGCGCGGAGAUAGUGGCGGACAUCGACCUUAUCCAGACUAAACUACCAUUGGAGCAUAUUUGGUUGCCCAUGGUUAUCAUAUCACAACAUCAAUUCCUACGCAAACAGGAGGUGAGUAGAAACAUCAACACAGCAUAGAAACGCAGCACCUUUUGGAUGGCCCGUCAUAUUGCACAUAAACGUUCGAAAUGCCAUCAUCUCGCUCUGGACCUCUCUC